UACAUUGUUAGAUCCUCCAACUAUUAAUAUACUGGUUGAAGAUGUUGCAGUAGCCCAGUUAUUGCAACAAUUCUGUUCCAGGACAUGGAUAUUAAGAACACUUCUCACGUGCCUUGAGCAGGGCAAACCAUCCUGCUGUAUUGGAAAAGAAAACCAAAAGACAAUAACCCCAGGCUCUUCAACCCUCAGAUCAGCAGGGCAAGAGAAGAUGUACUUCAGGACUGGGAAAAACAACCCGUUUAAUUUCUAGGAUGUCACCUCUACUGACGCUCGCAGUAUUUGUCUGUCUGCCUCUGCUGGAGUUCGGGGCAAGGGCUCGACCAUCUCUCAGUGGCACAGUGGAAACGCCAUCGAAUACGACAGACAGGAUAUCAAAUGGAAGCCGACAAGAGGUAUCAACAGCCGAACAUUUAGACGAGGCUUUUGAGGAGCAGGUCUACUACUUGCACCGUCUGUUCCAUCAGUAUGGAGACAACGGGACCUUGAACUAUAAGGGCCUUCAGAUGUUACUGGGCAGCCUGGGACUAGGGCAGGUCAGUGUGUUGGAGAUCAGCCACCAAGGGUUGAGGCACAACCAUAACACUCUGACACCCCCUCACCCACAAUCUCAUGACCAUGAAGAUCAGGAAAUGGACACCCCCAGUCCUAGUAGGCCUAUUCAACCACCCCCCUCUGUAAAAGCAUCCAGAAUUCCACAGCCUGGGAUAUCAGGGCCUGCUGGAUCUGGGUCUGAAGAGGGUAGCGCAUUAUCCUCUGAUCAUGUGAUUAAAGAAGAAAUUCUUCUAUGGUCAUCUGCUAUUGCACACUCUAUUUCUGUCCAAGGAAUGUUUGACUCCCUUGUGUCAAAUCACCCCACUACGAGGCAUCUUCAUGGGAACUGUCUGAACGUUACUCAGCUGUUGUGGAAUUUCGGUCUGGAAAAGGCAUCCCACAUCACUCCUGCCCACUUCACCCUCCUGUGUCCAGCUCUGUUGUACCAGAUUGAGAGUGGCGUGUGUCUACGCCACCCAGAAACCCAUGGUGCGGAGUCAGAAAGGAGUGUGACUUUCCUCAAAGCUCUGGGAUGGAGCUCCUUGGCUCUGGUUGUGAUCAGCCUGCCGUCUUUGCUGGCUCUGAGCCUGGUACCCCUCCUGCCACCCGCCCGCCUCCGUUCCUUCCUCUGCCCAAUGACAGCCCUGGCUGUGGGGACGCUGUGUGGAGAUGCCUUGCUGCAUCUCCUGCCUCACGCCAAGACUGGGCCACACUCAAACCACUCUGAAGAACAGGACUCUAUUCUGAAGGGCCUUUGCGUGCUGGGAGGUUGCUACCUCCUUUUCAUCUUUGAGAGCCUUCUAGGACUGAAGACCCAUUACAAGAAGGCUAAGAGGAAGGAGCAGAACACCAGUAUAGAGCUGUAUCCAGAGAGGGAGCUUACUGCUCUGCAGAGUGAGACACAAUCCUCUGAGCACGGUCACGGCCAUUCACAUGGCCCACCUUCCAAGGAGGAAGCUGGGAUAGGAAGCUUGGUGUGGAUGGUGGUUAUGGGAGACGGAAUCCACAACCUUACUGACGGUCUGGCAAUUGGUGCAGCUUUUUCUCAGAGUCUGGCUGGAGGUCUCAGCACCACGAUAGCAGUGUUCUGUCAUGAGCUUCCUCACGAGCUAGGUGACCUGGCAGUGCUACUAGGAGCAGGGUGGCCUGUUCGCCGACUAGUCCUCUUCAGUGCUGUUUCAGCCUUGCUGGGCUUCGUGGGACUGCUGACUGGCUCUGUCCUGGGCCACCAGUCUGCUCAGAUCUCCCCCUGGAUCCUCACCCUCACCGCUGGGGUCUUCCUCUACGUGGCCCUUGCUGACAUGUUACCUGAGAUGCUUCAUGGUGAUCCUGGCCUGAUGGGACCCUGGACUCGCUUCCUGCUACAGAACCUGGGCCUGUUGGCAGGGGGAGCCAUCAUGUUGUGUAUCGCUUUGUUUGAGGACCAUAUCGCAUUCAACCUGGGUGACAUCUGACUCAAUGGGAAGGAUAUGAGUGGAUCAAAUUCUAAACCACCUGAGGUUCAGAUGGUGAUUCAAACCCACUGGAUUGGCUACUCUUAAUUCAAGUUCAAACGGCCAAUAUCAAGACCUCAAAGUAGACUUCAUUUACAGUACUUUACUACUAAAGACCUGAAAAACAUGAUUUGAGAUGACCUCAAUUAAGCACCAGCUUCACUUUUUGAGCACUCUGAGGCACGAUAUUCCACAUUUACAUCUUUAGUAAUUUAGCAGACAUUCUUAUCCAGAGUGAUUUACAGGAGCAAGUGCCUUGCUCGAUGGAAGACAGGUUUUUUCCCCCCCAUCUAGUUGGCUUGGGGAUUCGAACCAUCAACCUUUCGGUUACUGGCCCAAAUGCUACGCUACCUGCUGCCCUACUGACACAAUUUGAUGGUUAAUGUAAACAACCCAUGAGUCACUCGUCCUGCCGGGCAAGAUGAUUAUCACAUGGCCAAGAGAAUGGCACUGUACUGCACACAAUUAUGCUUUCUUAUUACCAUGUUCUAUGAAACUAUAUUCUCUUAAUGUAGUGUGCAACUUGUUUUUUCCUAUAUCAUGAAUGUAUUUUUAUGGGAAUGGGAAAAAAAUUGAGUAAAUUAUUUCAGAAUGUUUUGCAUGGGUUGAACCACACUGGCAGGAAGUACAAAACAUAUGUAGAUUUUCAAUAUGUACUUUUUGUUUUUAAAAAUCUUGAAUACUGAAUAACCAUGUCAAAUUCACCAUUAAAGGUGUCCCUUUUAUAUCUGA